UAUAGACUUGGCGUUUCGACUCCUUCGCGUUGAUAAAUUUCCUGGCAUUCACCGUAGAGUUCGUAAAAAGCACCAAUCUGCUAUUCGCUUCUCAUUUCGCCAUUACGUUACCCGGGAUGGUAGUCGAAGCCUUUUCACAGCGAGAUGUACAUGGUUUCAAAGAUGAUGAGGCGGAUGUUUCUUUGAAAAUUGACAAUGGUGUUGUGGGGUCAUACGUUGAAGGGGUAGCCCUUCCGGACAUCAACUUUUCAGCUUUCUUUGGCGAUGUUUUUGCCAGACGCAAAAACGAGACUGCCCUGGUGGACGCCAGGACGGGCGCGCAGUACACCUUCGGCGAGCUGCACGAUGCUUCUCUGCGGGUGGCCGCCGGUCUGCGCCGGCUAGGCCUGCGCACGGGCGACAUCGUCUGCUUCCACGCCGCCAACGGGGCUGACCUCGUGAUCGCCAUGUGUGGAACGUUCUUCGCGGGCGGCACGGCCGCCAUGGCAAAGACUAACCUGACCGAAAGGGAGAUUCGUUACCAGUUUCAGGACAGUCGUCCGAAGUUUGUCAUCACCGACCUAUGCGACGCCGGGAGGGCGGUGAAGGCUUACGAAAGUAUCACAUCAGUAGAGGCUGUCAUAGUUACCACGGGCUCUUACGAAGGGACGCUGAGCCUCUCGCAACUUGUUAAAACUUCUCUCGAUAACACUGAUGCUCCUGCGGAGGUCGGUCCGGAUUCCGUGUUGGCGAUAAUAUAUUCAAGCGGCUCUACCGGAUUACCAAAGGGUGUACAACUCACACACCGCAACAUAAUCGCCCAGGUGCUAUCAUAUGGGUACCUGGACGUAUCGAUUUUUCAAAAGGGGGACAUAUUUCUUGGUUCAGCGUCACUUAUGCAUGUCGGCGGCUUUUCGCUCACUAUGUGCCAUCUUGGCCAUGGCUGUCAGGUCGUCAUGGUCCACACUCCGGAUUUUAACAUCAUUCUGCCUGCGAUAGAAAAGUACAAGGCGACAUCGAUACUGCUGUACCCAACGUUCGCCCAAAGGUUAAGCGUGUAUCCGCUUCUAAGCCAGUCGGACACUAGGAGCCUUACAAAAGUGAUGAUUGCUGGAAACACUGUAACCAGCACGAUACUGCAAAGCAUAACCAGGAAGCUCCGACUGAAAGGAGUCAUACAAGCCUAUGGUAUGACUGAGUUGGCGGGAUGCUUUACGUUUUCCCUACCACAACUCGAUGACUUCAAGAGCGUCGGGAAACCUGCUCCAUUCGUAGAAAUGAAGGUAGUAGACACGCAUUCUCAAAAGAACCUUGGACCUCUUGAAAAAGGGGAAAUCUUUGUGAAGGGUCCUGGUUCUUUUAAGGGUUAUCUUGGGCGGCCGGAGGAAACGGCUCGCCUCUAUGAAGACGGCUUCAUUCGCACAGGUGACACGGGUUUCUACGCGCCAGACGGCCGUUUCUUCGUGUGUGGCAGGCUGAAGGAGCUCAUCAAGUGCAUGGACCAGCAGGUGGCACCCGCCGAAAUCGAGGAGCUGCUGGCGACGGACACUAGCGUGCGACACGUGGUCGUGGCCGGCGUGCCGCACCCGGAGUACGGCGAGGCUCCGCGCGCCUUCGUCGUGCUCGACCGCCUCCCGGGGGACGGCAAGGAGGAGAGCGAGACCGCUGCCAGGCUACAGGCGCUCGUUGCCGACCAGCUGUCUUUCCACAAGCACUUGCACGGUGGUGUGGAGUUCCUGGAGAGCAUUCCGCACACGGAUUCCGGCAAAGACUUACGCAGAGCGCUGCAGCAGUCAUACAUGGAGAAGCUCAAGCAGAUCCAGACGCGCUAAAAUCGGAAAAGACGUACGGGUGCCGUCUUAUCGAAUGCAGGGUGUCUGUGGAGGCAACCGAUAGGGGCGGACGCUUAUUGUGGCUUGUCUCCAAUGCUUUGUUCGUGUGGCGAGGUGGUAUGAUAGUUGGUUAUUUAACGCAACAUAAGUGCUAUCUUUCGUGGCAUUCACCGAAUGUUAUUAAAAUGUCAAAAUUUAGUUCCGGAGUUGCGAGGCACUACGUAUGUCUUUUGUAUUCCUUUUCUUUCAGAAUCGGCCACCUUUUAUUAUGCCUGUACCCGUUUUGCAUGGUCCCCUGUAUCACUGAUGCUAAGCAGGUAGUGUGACGUCUACAGGAGACACCGAAGCACCUCCCUGCACGCCUUGUUUUGUGUUUAAAUGAAGAUCUGUAAACAAAACAUCACAAUCUAGUCUAAAGUUGACUCCUCGUGU